GCGCAGGAUGGACCAAAGACCAAUCCUUCAACUUUAUGCUCCUCCAAAAGACCAAAUUGGUAUUGCAUCGAGAAGAAGUUGCCGUUCCUGACCAUUUGCUGCAGCUUUCUCAUACAAUCUUUCUACCUCUGUCUAUUUAAGCCAACCCCUUCCUACUUUGGUUUCUCUUCAGGAGAAGCACAAGCUUCUUUGCUCUUAUCCUCCCCUCACCCCCCUACUGUUCGACCAAAAGUGUACUUUCUUCUUCUCUCACGAUGGAAGGCCUCAUUCCCUUCGUGUACAGAGCCAUACUGCACUACGCCCAUGGCGAGGAAGCUCCUUCGAGGAAUUCAUGGCUCGACGAGUCACCCUCAGCUUCUUACAUGAGAUUGCCUGGUGACUCCGGCAGGCUUCGUUCCCCGGAGAUCCACCUCCUUUCGUCCUCGCCCCCGGCGGCCGCGCCCGCUUCAGCUACGACGCAGUCGCUCACGCGGCGGUCCGCCUCGCCCCGAGUGGCUUAAGGGAUCACGAAGGUGAUCGAGUCCAACACCGUGGCUUUCUUGGCUCGACUGGAAGAAGGUCAACGCAUGUUGAUUGCCCUCCUGUUUGUUCCUGCUGCUACGAGUAGGAAAUAGAGGAAGCUAUAAACCAUGAAGGCGCUCAUUCUUGUCGGAGGAUUUGGCACUCGCCUCCGACCUUUGACUCUCAGUUUCCCAAAGCCGCUUGUAGAUUUUGCUAACAAACCGAUGAUCCUCCAUCAGAUUGAAGCUCUGAAGGAUGUUGGAGUGACUGAAGUCAUUUUGGCCAUUAAUUAUCGUCCGGAGGUUAUGAUUAAUUUCUUGAAGGAUUUUGAGGAUAAGCUUGGAAUUAAAAUUACCUGCUCGCAAGAGACUGAACCACUAGGAACGGCUGGUCCCCUGGCUUUAGCCAGAGACAAGCUAGUGGAUGGUUCCGGGGAGCCCUUCUUUGUCCUUAACAGUGAUGUCAUAAGUGAAUACCCAUUUGCUGAACUAAUUCAGUUCCACAAAUCCCAUGGUGGGGAGGCAACGAUAAUGGUGACCAAGGUCGACGAGCCAUCAAAAUAUGGUGUUGUUGUUAUGGAUGAAGAAACUGGAAGGGUUGAUAGAUUCGUGGAGAAGCCAAAAAUAUUUGUAGGCAACAAGAUCAAUGCUGGGAUUUACUUGUUGAAUCCAUCUGUCUUAGACCAUAUUGAGCUGAGACCAACCUCGAUCGAGAAGGAAGUCUUCCCAAAAAUUUCUGCAGGCCAGAAGCUCUAUGCCAUGGUCCUACCAGGUUUCUGGAUGGACGUUGGACAGCCAAAGGACUACAUUACGGGACUGCGGCUCUAUUUGGACUCUCUAAGGAAGAAAGCACCAUCUAGGUUAGCUGCUGGCCCACAUAUCGUUGGGAACGUAUUGGUGCAUGAGAAUGCCGUGAUAGGGGAAGGAUGCCUCAUUGGACCAGAUGUCGCCAUUGGUCCUGGCUGUGUGAUCGAGUCUGGAGUUAGGCUGUCAAGGUGCACGGUGAUGCGGGGAGUUCGCAUCAAGAAGCACUCGUGCGUCUCCAGCAGCAUCAUUGGGUGGCACUCCACGGUGGGGCAGUGGGCACGUAUCGAAAAUAUGACCAUCCUUGGGGAAGAUGUGCAUGUUUCCGAUGAGGUAUACAGCAACGGAGGCGUUGUUCUCCCACAUAAGGAGAUUAAAUCAAGCAUAUUGAAGCCUGAGAUAGUCAUGUGAGAAGAAUAAAUUGCAAUGGAGGAUGGUUCGUCACAGCCAUGGAUGUUGCGUGUGCCUGUUUUUAUUUCCUAGUCCCUGCAAGUGUAGUAGCCAUUAGCUUUGCGUCAGGCUGCUAGUUUAUCGGUGCUUCUUCUUUUCGGUGUUAUACCUGUAGAUACAAGCUUGUCUCCGGUACAAGACAAACUUUGUAAUUUUCUGUAAGCUUGUUGGAUGCGUCUUUUUCGUUUUUCUUGCUCAUUCAGCUCUACUUUUGUAAUGAACCAUGCAAAGGAUAACGAUAAAGCUAUUUUCUGUCAUAAGCUAUCUAUCAAAUCGGUUGUUGUGGCAA